UUCGGUCCGUCCGUUCCCAGUUUCUAGGAGACUUCCCAUUUCAUCUGGUUAUAGCUCGUAUGAUUCGGGUUCUUCCUUCACUCAUCUCUUUUCCGAAUUUACCCUUUCUUCUUACUCUUUUAAUUUCUUACUUCUUUCAGUUCUUCCUCCUUUCUUCUUUCUCCUCCUAAUUUCUUCUUUCUUUCGGUUCUUCCUCCUUUCUUCUUUUUCUUUCCUUUCUCCUUUCUUUCUCUUCUCUCCAUCCUUCUUUUUUCUUUCUUCCAAAUUUCUUCAUUUUUUCGGUUCCUCCUUUCUUCUUUUUCCUUCCAUCUUCCUCCUUUCUUUCUCUUCUCUACAUCCUUUCUUCUUCAUCCUCCAUUUUUCCUUUUCCCUUUAACAUCCUCCCCCGGAAAUUAUUCUCCCAAUUAAUUCUAAAAUUCCUUACGUAUUUUCCCCAAAUUUUUUCAGUCAAGUGUUUGUGCAGAAUUUAUUUCUUCCUGGCUUGUUCUAAAAACAAUAAUGACUGAAAGAGAUGGAUCAAUACGUGCUUUGUAUCGUGGUGCACAAUUAAAUUUUUCAAGAUCAGUUUUAACAUGGGGUAUAACAAAUUCAGUUUAUGGAUUUUUAAUUAGAGAAUUUUUCUGAAGACGAAGAAAAUUGACAAGAAUGAUUUAAGAAAAAAAUUUCUAUUACUAUUUUAUAUGUUUAUUUUUUAUUUAUGAGUCAAACCUUUUUUUAUGACGAAAAAUAGGGUUGGAAAAAUUCUAAAAAAAAUUUUUUAUAAAAAAAAAGUCAUAGUUUGACCUUGUAAAACUUCAUUUUGAAGUAGAUAAUUCGCGGCGAGAAAAUUAGGCAAAUUGUCGUAUUUUUAGUUACUGACCCAAAUGAAUUUUAGACGUUCUAAUAUUGGUAAAACGUAGUACAGUACUUGUAAUAUUUCAUUUUGUAUUUUUUCGUUUUCUUUUUUUCGUAAAUUGCCAUUAAUUUGUCUUUACUUCUUUUUUUCCUUUUUUUCACAAUCUCAAACAAGUUUAUGGCCUAUUUUUAAUACAUUUUUUAAAAUUAUUUUUUCAGAUAAUUUAAGUUUCAGCUCUUUUAUUUGUUUAAAAUGAAAUUCAAUCCGUUUGUUUCUUCUUCUCGUCGAAAGUCUCGUAAGCGUCAUUUUAAUGCUCCGUCACACAUUCGACGUCAAAUAAUGUCUGCACCGCUGUCUAAGGAUUUGCGUAAUAAACAUAAUGUUCGCUCAAUGCCAAUAAGAAUUGAAGACGAAGUGACUGUGUUGCGUGGACAUUUUAAGGGAAACAGUGGACGUGUUAUGCGUGUCUACAGAAGCAAAUACGUCGUCCACAUUGACAAAAUUACUCGUGAAAAGGCUAAUGGAACAACUGUGCAUGUUGGUAUUCAUCCAUCUAAAGUUGUUCUUACAAAACUUAAAAUGGACAAAGAUCGUCGUGCAUUGCUUGAACGUAAAGCUGCUGGACGUGAACGUGUUACUGGUGUUUUGAAAGGGAAACAUACAGAAGAGACUAUUGAAGAAUAA